AUGGCACCACGCAGCAACAGACAGAUCCUUACUCAAGGUAAAAACUAUGUGGCUAAACAAGCGAAGAAAUUCGGUGCAGAUGAGGUAACUUUUGACAAGGACUCCAGACUGGACUACUUGACAGGAUUCCAUAAACGUAAGCUGGAGAGGCAGAAGAAGGCUCAGGACUUCAACAAAGAACAGGCCAGACAACUCAAAGUUGAAGAACGUAAAAAACUUCGGGACCAGCGUCGAAAAGACGCGGAGGAACAAAUGCGAAAAUUCAAAGAAACCAUGAAAGAAGUAGGCGACUACAUAGGAUCCGAUAACGACGAUUUUGACAGCGAGAAGCAGGAUCAGGACGAAAACAAUGACAAAGAGGAUGCAGACGCAAACGAGGUACCCUGGGAUGGGUUUUCAGACCAUGAAGACGGUGAAAAUGGUGUACGGCCUAUUUUGAAGAAGUCUCAACAGCAUUACGAAGACGACACACUAGUAGAUAUCGAGCCACUUGAACCCAACGAGAAUUUCGCAUAUAUUGCGUCUCGAAACAAUGUGAAACUUGAAAAAUCCGCAGAAGUACUGGAUGAAAGUAUUGAGCGCGCUGCCAAAUAUGCCAAGUUCUUAGGAAUGGACGACAAGCCUAAAAAGAAGAAAAAGUUCAGGUAUUUGACCAAGGCAGAAAGAAGACAUAACCAGAAAAAGGCGAAUACGAACAAACGCAGAAAGUAG